AAGUGCAAUAACGGAAGCGGAAGUGAGCGCUCCGGAGACUGCGGGUCUGAAAUCUGGUUGACGCGUCUGCAGCUACCGCAGAGCUCCUCUAGAUUCAUAGAAUUCAAUUAUGGGUGUGAGAGGUUUGCAGGGGUUUGUGGGAAGUACCUGCCCACAUAUAUGUACAGUGGUAAAUAUCCCCGAGCUGGCCAGGCAACACCGAAACAAGUACCCCGAAUGUACUCCCACCAUUGUGGUGGACGCCAUGUGCUGCCUGCGAUACUGGUACACACCAGAGUCUUGGGUCUGUGGUGGCCAGUGGCGAGAAUACUUUUCUGCUUUGAGAGAUUUUGUUACGGCCUUCACAUCUGCGGGCAUCAAGUUGGUAUUCUUCUUUGAUGGUAUGGUGGAGCCAGGUAAGAGAGAUGAGUGGGUAAAGCGAAGACUUAAGAACAACAGGGAGAUAUCCAAGAUUUUCCACCAUAUCAAGUCAAAAAGAGAUCAGCCAGGCAGAAACAUGUUUUUCAUCCCCUCCGGCCUGGCCAUAUUUACAAGGUUCGCUCUAAAGACACUGGGCCAGGAGACUUUCUGUUCAUUACGGGAAGCAGACUAUGAGGUAGCUUCUUACGGUCUCCAGCACAACUGUCUUGGGAUCCUUGGGGAAGACACCGAUUACUUAAUUUAUGACACCUGUCCCUACUUUUCGAUCGGCGACCUUUGCCUAGAGAGUCUCGAAACCAUUAUGCUGUGUCGAGAAAAGCUCUGUGAGAGCCUCAGCCUCCACGUGGCCGACCUUCCUCUGCUGGCCUGUCUGCUUGGCAAUGACAUCACCCCAGAGGGCAUGUUUGAAAGCUUUCGGUACAAGUGCUUGUCCUCCUAUGCUUCUGUGAAAGAGAAUAUUGGCAAGAAAGGAAACAUUAUCUUAGCUGUCUCAGACUAUAUCUCCAAAGUCCUUCACUUGCAUCAAGGUGAGAAAAAGAUAGAAGAGAUGUUACCCCUGGGGACAAACAAACUUCUUUUUUACAAAGGAGUGACAUCAUAUCUUCUGCCAGGACAGAAGUCUCCAUGGUUAAUUCAGAAACCCAAAGGCAUGACAGACAAGCAGGUGGUGAGUUUAAACCCUGCAUCCAAGCAAGAAGUUCCUAUGUGUAUAGACUCUGAAUGCAAACAAGAAGUUCACGUGUGCGCCAAUCCUGAGUCCACGCAAGAAGUUCCCAUGUGUAUGGAUCCUGAAUCCAACCAAGAAGCUUCCAUGUCCACAGAUCCUGAAUCCAAACAAGAAGUGCCUAUGUGCACAGAUCCUGAAUCCAAGCAAGAAGUUUUCAUAUAUGCAUUCCCAGAGUUCAAGCAAAAAUUACCUUCAGAAACAGACUCUGAGUUUGAUCUAGAAGCACUCAUGUAUACACAAUCUGAAAUUAAACAAGAAGAUGCCAUGGAUAUGGAACCUGAAGUAAAACAAGUAACCAUGAUUUCAAACUCUGAAAUCUUAAAGGUGGCCAGGAUGCAGCACGUCCACUCAGAAAGCUACCUGGUAUACAACAUCAUGAGCAGCGGGGAGAUUGAGUGCAGCAACACCCUGGAGGACGAGCUGGACCAGGCCCUCCCCAGCCAAGCCUUCAUCUACCGCCCGGUCCGGCAGCGCGUAUACUCACUUUUACUUGGGGACUGGAAAGAUGGAGCCAGCAUUGGCCCAGUGGUCAAGGAGUGGUUUGUGUACCCUGGAAACUCCCUGAAGCACCCAGACCUUGUUAGGCCUCUGCAGAUGACCGUUGAAGGGGGAACACCUAGUUUGGAGGUUUUGUGGCUGAGCCAAGAGCCAGAAGCCCAGGCCCAGCGCCUGGACACAUUGCUAGCCUGCUUCAACCUCUCCUCCUCCAGAGAAGAGCUUCAGGCAGUGGAAAGCCCAUUGCGAGCGCUGUGCUGCCUCCUCAUCUACCUCUUUGUCCAGGUGGACACUCUUUCCCUGGAAGACCUGCAUGCAUUUAUCGCUCAGGCCUUGUGCCUCCAAGGAAAAUCAGCCUCUCAGCUUAUGAAUUUACAGGAAGCAGACAGUAUGAGCAUGACCAGUGGAGAAGAUACUAGGUGUCAUACAGAAGAGUAUGGAAAGAGGAUGCAGCACCCAGACCCUGCCCUCCUCCCAAGAAGUGAUGUCACCCAGUCUCAUCAUCAAGGAGAUGGCAACUGGGACCACACUUUAAAGGAAGGAAAAAUACUUUUCAGAGGUUUCUCCCACAUAUAUUGUAAAUAGUUUCCAUCAGUUUGUUUCAGAGUUGUUCCUGACUCAUGACUGGGAACUCAUCGCUACCAUCAUAAAUGCUCUCUUUGAAAUCUUAGUUAUUUUUCUAUUACUGGGCAUAGGCACCAUGACCAAAGCAACUUGUGGAAGAAAGCAUUAAUUUGGGACUUCAGGUUCCAGAGGGUAGUAGAGCCCAUGUCUACCAUGUUGGGGCACAUGACCGCAGGCAGGAUAAGGAGGACUAUCUAAUUGGGAAUGGCUUGGGGUUUUGAAACUUCAAAGCCCACCCCCAGUGACACACCUCCACCAGCAAGACCACACCUUCUAAUCUUUUCCACCAACUGGAGACCAAACAUUCUUUGACCCUAUGGGGUCAUUCUCAUUCAAACUACCACACAUGGUAUCUAAUAGCUAUACAAUCUGUCAGAAAUUCCUUUUUAAUUAGAAGUUCUAACACUAACAGAAGUAAGUGUUCAACUAUUUUUUUCUCUUGACUUACAAAAGUGUUUGGAUAGGAAAAAAAAAAAAAAAAGAACAACUAAAUUCUUGCUUUCUUGUGUGAGAGUUGGUUCUGCUUGGAAGAAAAAUGGCUCGGAAUAAUAGUGGCUGCUCUUCCAGAGAACCAAGGUGUUAUUCCCAGCACCCACAUGAUGGCUUAUAACUCUCUGUAACUACAGUUCCAGGGGAUCUAAAACCUCUUCUGGCCACUGUGGGCAUCAGACACACCAAUGAGUCAUGUACAAUACACAGAGGCAAAACACCCAUAAAGAUGAAAUAAUUAAGUAAAAUAUGGUUUUUAAAGAAACAUGCUGGGUUAAACUUUGAAGUACAAGCCUCUUUAAACUGUGAGGUUAUUAUCAUCUCCACGGGGAACAUGAGAGCAGCUGUGCCUGCCCGGAGCCCUCAUGGUGAUCUCUGGGGAGAUGCACGUACUUCUGGUCACUGGAAAAUGUACCCUUCCAGUGCUGCUGUCUUUAAGAUUUCAGUAAGCUUCUAGAAAUGCUCGUUUCCACCUUUACACUGACAGUUACCCAGACCACUGACUCGGAUGUGCUGUGUGGGACUCUGGGGUUUCUCCUUGAAAUUCUUGUAUUUAUAAGAAAGGUAUAUUUAUCUCCCACAUGUGGAAACAGUUGUAUUUGUUCAGCUUCAUUCUGCUCCUGAAGGACUUCUGCAUAGUGCAUAGGCAGAGCUUGUAGCCCAGACUUUGCUGCCUAGAUUUGGAGCUGGCUUUCACUCUAAUAUUCAUUUCCUGUCCUUUUCAUUCUUCAUUUGCUACUUUCAAACAUUGCUUCCUUUAGAAGUCCUGUUUCUUGGCUGUUUACUUUGUUUACUUGGCUGUGCAACUUUGAAUUAAGAUUCUGAUCUCUUAGAUUGAAAGUAUAUUUCUAUGAAAGUUUUUUUCUGUCACAGAAUCUCCAUUCUGACUUGUCAAUAAAAUGUAUGUGUCAGUCAUAA